AUGAUUGUUUUGUUUCGAGAAUUCUGUGAAUCAGUGAUGGUGUCAAAAGUGCACGUGUCUCGGCGCUGCGGUUCCCCCACACGACUCAGAAGCCGCAGAUCAAUUACUUUUAUAUUCGACAGGAGUCAGACUGUACAAUGUGCAAUGUGGUCGUCGAUUCGGUCCACUUCCUCGACAUACGCGACGAUCUCGACUUGUAGGCGGUACACCGCAUCGUCGGUGGGCAGGCCCCGACGCCCGGCUCUGCGCACGUCGCCCUUCGUGCCGCCAGGUUCUUGGCAUUCGCAGUGCCCAGGCAGACUGCAGAGGGUGGCUGCUUUCCACUCGACACCGCGAAGAAAUGGACUCCCAGCAUUCGGGCCUGUGGUGCUCGCCAUCUUCAAGAGUUCAGCGGCGCUGGAGAUUGCGCGUACUGCUGGUCGCAUUGCAUUGACGUUCGUGCCCGUCAUACUUAUAAAGAAUCGGAAAUCCCUCUACUGGCUGAAGAAAGCAGAGAUCCAUGGAAUCCCGACGACAGAGGAGAAAAAGGCGCAGCUCCUCAAAUAUAUACGGAAGCGAACAGUGCUUCUGCAUUUACUUUUCUUCGUACCCGUCUUCACAUUUUGGUUGACUAUCGUCGCUAGUCUGGAGCGAACCCCUUUGACCGGACGCUGGAGAUUAAUCAUCUUAUCGCCAGAGGAAGAAGACGAAAUCGCAUCCCAGUUGGCUGGCUCUGGGUGGUACAAGGCCGUUCACGAAAUUCUUUUAGAGGGGGGACCGUUCUCCCUUAUCCCAACAACAGACUGGCGAUACGAGUGGAUCCGAGACACCCUUCGUAAUCUCGAAGCCUAUAUCCCCGUCCUUGAACGAGAAGGCGAAAUCGAUUACGCUUGGACUCAAAGAGGGCCGGACGACGACCCCCUACCGCCCCCAGCAGAAUACCCGCUCAAGCCUCGGCCCAGGGGCUCCGAAUUGUUAUGGCGGUUUUGCGAGCGCCUCUGCGAACGCGAGGUCCCACUGCCGCCACAUACAUCAACGGGACCUCCUUAUUCUCUUCUAUUCGUGGAUAAACCAGAAGCAUCGAACGCAUUCUCAUAUGGCUUCGGGCCUAAUGGCGGGGGAGGGAUAGUUGUGUAUUCUGGGUUCCUGGACGAAAUCUUAUCGAGUCCUCCGGCUGACGGUGCCGUCGUGACGGCUCCCCCCGAGGAAAAGUCAUGGUGGUCUAGCAUCGUUGACAGUCUUCUAGGGCGCCGUCCGCCUCCCAGUCACCCUAUCCCGACCCGCGAACAAACGGCGGAUCUCGCUGUUCUCCUUGCCCAUGAAUUAGCGCAUCUGGUCCUCUCGCAUCAUCUAGAGACACUUUCCUCCGGAACCAUCAUCAUACCGACUCUCAUCUCGAUUAUUACAGACGUUGUGAGGACCGUCCUAUUUCCCAUUACGAUGCUGUUCGGACCUUUCGUGAACGAUGCAGUGGCGCAACUAGGCAAAGUCGGAUCUGGGGAGUUAGUCAAAAUGGGAGAUUAUUGCACCAGCAUGUCUCAGGAGGUCGAAGCAGACGUUGUUUCUGCGAGGCUUCUCGCACAUGCGGGCUUUGAUGCUCGACACGCAGUCCGAUUCUGGGAAAAGCGGUCGGAAUUCGGGAAAUCAGAAUGUGGGCAUGCUGAUAAAGAUAAAGACGAACUUUCUAGCACGAGCACCAGGAUGCUUCCCCGACAGAUUAUGGGGUCUAGCCACCCGAUGAAUCAGGUGAGGGUGGAAAGGCUCAGAAGCGAGCUUGAUAGAUGGGAGGCGGAACGACGUGCCGCGCUGCAAAAGUCGGGUACCAAUGAAACGUAA